CUAUUACAAUAUUUAUUCAACUACUAGUAAAUAUAAAAGUGUAUUGUGUGACAGAUUAUCAUUAACGUCGUUAAGCGAGAGUCUUUCACUCACGCUCUUUGUGAGAAAGAAAAGGCACGGCUAUACUGCGAACAGUGCAUGCGCGAGCAUGUAGCUAUUCCAUUCUGCGGACUUGGCCAUUUUCAUGCAAUAAAAUGAACCAACUUUUACAUGCGGUGUUCGGUCUUCUUUCGUCGUAUACCUAUCUCUACUUGAGUGGUUGCAAUGCAACAGUAACCAAGGAGUGAACUGUCAUGAAAACAUACAUGAAAAAGUAACGACCGCUGUAAAAUGUGGUUCAGCCUCCCGUAACGCUUUUUAUGGGUCUCGACAAGUAUGAAAAUCUCUGUUUUUAGAUGAAGAUCUCAUAAAAUGGGGUUGGCCGGAAGAUGUCUGGUUCCAUGUCGACAAAUUCUCAUCAGCUCAUGUUUACUUGAGGUUAAAGGUCAAACAAUAGAUGAUAUUCCUGGGACUGUUCUGGAGGAUGCAGCUCAAUUGGUAAAAGCUAACAGUAUAGAGGGUAAUAAAAUGAACGACAUCGAUGUUGUUUACACAAUGUGGUCAAACCUGAAGAAAACGCAAGGAAUGGAGGUUGGUCAAGUUGGUUUCCAUAAAGAGAAGGAAGUGCGUAAAAUGCGAGUUGCGAAACGCUUAAAUACAGUCGUUAACCGAUUGAACAAAACAAAGAGAGAAGAACAUCCGAAUUUCAUGGCAGAGAGGGAAAACAGGGACCGAAGUGAACGUGAUGAUAAAAAGAAACUUCUCAGGGAACAGAAGGAGAACGAAAAAGCAGAAGAAAAGAGAAGGCAGGAAGAAGCAGAAAUGAGAAGCUACAAUUCGCUGUUCAGCCCAAACAACAUGACAACGAAUACCGAGAACACUGGCUAUGAUUCGGACGACUUUAUGUGAUGCAUUUAUUCUCAAUGCUAACUAAUAUUACAAAAUUGAUUUAUUGGUCGACUAUGUCAACAUUUACCCAUCUUUUAUUCAGCCUGCUGUAUUACUUUACAACAUGCAAUAUUUAAAAAAAAAAAAAAAAAACUCA